GACGCGAGAAGCGACGCGAGAAGCGACGCGACGCGAUUUCGGUGCGCUGUAUAUUAUACAAUGCUGUUUGCAGCCAUUGUUACAGGUUUCUUCCUCGCCUCGUGCAACUACUGUGCGUACGUGAAUGUGAGAGAAGACAAAAGGAAGGCAAUUAUGGGAAAGCAUCGCACUCCUGAAAAUAGUUUGAAGAGUGAUGCCUGGCUGGGCGGAAUUGGCGGGCUCAUGGCUCUGAAGAAAUUCAACCACAAGACAAGAAAGUUGGAUUUCAUGGAGUCCUACCGAAGAAGGACU